GAAAUGCAUAUAAAAAUAUGUUUAAUUGUUCUUUUCGAUUUUUUUCAUUUAUAUUUUGCAACAAUCAACAUAAACGUUAAGUGGAAUGAAUCAUUGGGAGAUUUCGUUCCUAUUUUGAAUCAUUAUGUCUAUCAACUUAAUAGUUCGUUUCGUAGACGGAUUCAACUAUUAGAGGAUCACAAAUUUCAGGGUGAACUAAUAAAACUGGCUUAUUAUGAGGAAAAAAAUCUUGUCAACUUUUUCGAUAAUAAAGAUUCAAAAGUUACUGGAAUUUGUGGAGAGGUGUGGAAUGCAUUGUCAGAAUACUUAAACUUCACACUUUUUCCAAUUAAAAUUCACGAUUCUACGUUUGGACGGAGAAUGCCUAAUGGAACUUACACCGGUUUAUUAGGAAUAUUGCAACGAAGAGAAGUUCAUGUUUUACCACGAGUUAAUUAUUAUCUAGCUCACUGGAAUAUGAUGGAUUAUACUAUUCCAGUAUGGAAAAAUAGCGCCCAUAUAUAUAAUCGUCCGGAAUAUAAAAGUAAUGGCUCAUGGAUCUUCCAUUUGUUUACUUGGCGAGUACGGCUGGUAUUAGCGUCGAUAUUAAUUCUCUUCAGUGUGCUAGGAAUAUUGUCUGAGAAAGCAUCAUCUUCACAAUCUCGAACCCAUCCUUUAACUCUACAAGAUUAUAUAGUUUACACAUUUGCAACAUUUUGCAAUCAAGGUUGGCUACCCCAAGCUUUAGAAGAAAAAAGUAAAAUACUUGAACUGACGAAAAGAAUUUUUUCUUGGUUUCUCGUAAUUAAUCUUAGUACUCAUUUGGUAUCUCACAUGACAAAUACUAACAUAGAAUCAUCCUUCAAUGAUUUAAAGUCACUUCUCAAUAAUACUAAGUAUCAGGUUUUGGUUACAAAUGGAUCGUUAUCUUUUGAAAGAAUAAAAAUGGAAGCUGCCAGUCUUUUUGGCGAUUACUCUUCACGUUUUCAAUUCAUACCUUCUAAAGAGAGAAUGACAGCAAAAGCUUGCUGGAGUAAGAAAAAGUAUGCAAUAAUCGAAUCUGACGACAGACAGCAAGCUUCAGGUAUGAGAAGCUGUCUUUUAGUUAGAACUGGCUCGCCACUUUUUUCUACUUGGACUACCAACGGAAUUGUCAAAGGGUUCAAGUAUAAACGUUCAUUUGACAUAGGAAUUAUUAAAUUACAUGAACGUGGUAUCAUUGAUAUUCUAAAGGAUCGUUGGACUCCGUAUAAGUUCGCUUAUUCUAAUGAUCGCAAUACUAACGCUAUUGAGUUUUAUCACGUUCAAGUGCUCUUUAUCUUUAUUUUUCUAGCCGCAAUAGCUUCUAUUUUGAUUUGUAUAUUUGAGAAUAUUAUUUUUUCAUUUCGCCGUCGUUGCAAGAACAAAAAACAAAUAAUUAGCCAACAACGACGACAGAAGAGGCUCCAUGCCAAACGAUUUUUGUUUAUAACUCAAACGCAAUUGAGAACUUUGAAAACAUCUGCAAAAGUUGGACAGUUGUUUCAAUAGUUACAGUGUACUUAUUGUACGUGACAGUUGAAUCGUUUAUUUGAGAAACCCCACAAGUUGUAUGGAAACUCUAUUUUACUUAUGGGGUUUCUCAAAUAAACGAUUCAGUUAUUUUAUCUGUUUUUUUUUUACAUCAAAAAAUCUGUUAUAGCUUGAAUGUAUAAAAUUACUUUUCAAUCAUCACUCAAAAUAUUAAAAUUUCAAAAAUUAUACAAAUGGUUUUCUUACUAUUACUUGGUUUGGUAAAGAUUUUAUUGGGCUAUUAAAUGCUUACGAAUUAUACCAAGUGUCUUUCAAGAUAUAAGUAACAGCAAUAAUUCAUUGAUAAAGAGCACAUAAACACCUAAAUCAAAAUUUAAAGUAACUCUUUACAAAUUUUUAAGGCUUGAUUCUAAGAUUUUUUGUGUGAUAUUUAUAUUA